CAGGAGUUCAUUAGAUCUAAGAGACACUAUUACUAUGCGGGAACUUAAAGAGCGGGUGACAGAAGAUUAAUUGGGUGCAUAUUUGCCCAUUGACUAGGUCUAUCACAAUUGUUUUCUCCGCAAUCUGUUGCUGAGCAUCCUUUGCCACUGAUCCCGACGCUGAUUCACACGCCCAGUCUAUCCUUUUCAUUUCGGUUUUUUGUUGAAGUACUCUACAAAUCGAAGGCCUUACUGAAGCUUCUGUGGCUUACGAAAACCUCCAGGUUGGAAAUGAUGCCUGUAUCUUCUCAGCCGUCGCCUUCCUCCCCGGAUCUGAAACGAAAACAACCGACCAUCUCGAGCUUUUUCACUAAGAAACCACAAUCCUUGCCGAAAAACUCACCCAAUAGCGCUUCAGGAAAGGACGAAAUAGAUCAAGUGGGUGAAGAGGUUGCAAGUCCGGAAGAGAAACAGAGGGGAAUUGGGAGCGCUCCGACAAACAACAUCGAUAAUGCCGAUGAGGACGACGACGAUGACAAUGUUAUAGCACCUGCACCAAAGCGCGCUAGAACAAAUGGGUCGCGUACAAAAGAUACAGGGGGAAGCUUGAAAGAAACGCAUAUCGAGCGUCCGUUAUCGUCAGAUAGUAGCCAGAGAACAGAGCUGUCUAAGUUCGCCAGCUCCCCCAAUGCGGAGCCAGAAUUUGCAAAGGAACGAACCAAGGAAAGAGAGAAGCUGCAUCAGAAAUUUGUGAGGAGAUUAGGCGGGGCCGACUGUCUGAUUGGAAUUGGCAGAAAUGCGGCCACUGAAGCUGUUUCAGAGGACGCUGCAGAGGCCGACGAGGACGAUGACCCGUCGCCGCCCCCUCCACCGAAAGGGAAGGCCACGGCGAAGAAAGGUGGGAGCAAGCUUACUCCUAUGGAAAAGCAGGUUAUUGAUAUAAAGCGCAAACAUAUGGAUACGGUUUUGGUAGUCGAGGUGGGGUACAAAUUCCGGUUCUUCGGCGAGGAUGCCAGGAUAGCCGCGAAGGAGUUGAAUAUUGUCUGUAUUCCCGGAAAAUUCAGAUUUGACGAACAUCCUUCGGAGGCCCAUCUCGAUCGAUUUGCAUCGGCCAGUAUACCGGUACAUAGACUACAUGUUCAUGUUAAGCGUCUCGUUUCUGCUGGCCAUAAAGUUGGAGUGGUCAGACAAAUGGAGACUGCUGCCCUGAAAGCCGCUGGUGAUAACCGCAAUGCGCCCUUCGGACGCAAGCUUACCAAUCUGUAUACAAAGGGCACGUAUAUUGAUGAUAUGGAAGGCUUGGAGGGAUCUACAGCUUCGAUAUCAGGGACCAGUACUUCGAUGACAACUGGGUAUAUGCUCUGCAUUACAGAGUCAAACAUGAAGGGCGGGGACAAUGACGAAAAGGUACAUGUGGGAAUUGUCGCUGUUCAGCCGGCAACAGGUGACAUAGUGCAUGAUGAAUUUGAAGAUGGGUUUAUGAGGAGUGAGAUUGAAACCAGGCUUCUUCAUAUGGCACCCUGUGAGAUUCUUAUAGUUGGUGAUUUAUCAAAGGCCACGGAGAAGCUUGUUCAACAUCUCUCUGGUAACAAAACUAAUGUUUUCGGCGACAAGAUUCGUGUUGAGAAGGCCUUCAAAACAAAAACAGCCGCAGCCGAGUCACACAGCCAUAUAUCCAGCUUUUAUGCGGAGAGGAUGAAGAAGGCCAAUGCUGCAGACGAUGCGCAAGCGAGCAGCCUGCUCCAGAAGGUGCUCAGUCUGCCCGAGCGGGUAACUAUCUGCUUGUCUGCCAUGAUUAAACAUAUGGCAGAGUACGGCUUGGAGCACGUUUUCCAGCUCACAAAGUAUUUUCAACAUUUUUCCUCUCGGUCACACAUGCUUCUCAACGCAAAUACUUUAACAAGCCUCGAGAUCUAUCUUAACCAAACCGACUACUCCGCCAAAGGCAGCCUUUUCUGGACGUUAGACCGGACGCAGACUCGUUUUGGCCAAAGAUUGCUGAGAAAAUGGGUGGGGCGCCCUUUGCUGGAUAAAUCCAGUCUUGAAGAAAGGGUUAACGCCGUUGAAGAACUGAAGAGCCCAGAAAAGGUGGUUCUCGUAGAACGGCUGAAGGGGCUGCUUGGAAAAGUCAGAACUGAUUUGGAGAAGUCUUUGAUCCGGAUAUAUUAUGGAAAGUGUACCCGGCCCGAGCUUCUUACGGUUUUACAAACCUUACAGAUGAUCGCACAGGAGUUUGCUGAUGUCAAGUCUUCUGCUGAUACUGGAUUCACCUCGCCUCUUACUAGUAAGGCAGUAGCGUCUCUUCCGACAAUCCUAGAAGAUGUCGUGCGUUUUCUGGGCAAAAUAAGCAUGCAUGCAGCCAGGAAUGAUGACAAAUAUGAGUUUUUCCGGGAGUCGGAGGAGACAGAGGAGAUUAGUGAACACAAGCUCGGGAUUGCCGGCGUGGAGCACGAACUUGAGGAACAUCGCUCUGUGGCCGGCGAGAGCCUCGGGAGGGGAAAAGUAGAAUACGUCACAGUUGCGGGCAUUGAAUAUUUGAUCGCGGUUGAGAACAAGUCAUCGUCCAUCAAAAAGGUGCCAGCAUCGUGGGUGAAGAUUUCAGGGACCAAGACGGUUUCGAGAUUCCAUACACCAGAAGUUAUCCGGCUUCUGCGACAGCGGGACCAGCACAAAGAAGCAUUAGCGGCAGCCUGUGACAAAGCGUACAUAUCCCUUCUGGCUGAUAUAUCUGCUAGCUACCAGUCUUUCCGUGACAGCGUACAGUCCCUUGCGGCACUUGAUUGUCUAAUCUCUCUUGCGACCAUUGCUACCCAGCCCGGCUAUGUAAAACCUGAGUACACGGAUCAUACCUGUAUCCAGGUCGAUCAGGGACGCCAUCCAAUGGUUGAACAACUUUUGUUGGAUAGUUAUGUCCCCAAUGGCAUUGACAUGGACAGCGACAAGACACGUGCUCUCCUUGUUACAGGUCCCAACAUGGGGGGUAAGUCCAGCUACGUGCGACAAGUAGCACUCAUAGCCAUUAUGGGUCAGAUUGGCUCUUACGUACCUGCUCGGUCAGCGAAACUAGGUAUGCUAGAUGCCGUGUUUACCCGCAUGGGAGCUUUUGACAACAUGUUGGCUGGUGAAUCUACAUUCAUGGUUGAACUUUCUGAGACAGCGGAUAUUUUAAAGCAAGCAACACCUCGCUCCCUUGUCAUUUUGGAUGAACUGGGUCGAGGCACAUCUACCCACGAUGGUGUUGCGAUCGCGCAGGCAGUUCUGGAUUAUAUGAUUCGGACGAUUCGAAGUCUCACACUUUUUAUUACCCAUUACCAGCAUCUUUCCACAAUGGUGCAUUCCUUCCCCGACAAUGAACUUCGGAAUGUGCACAUGCGUUUUACCGAGUCAGGUUCUAGUGAAGAAGAAGAGCUCACAUUUCUCUACGAGGUGGGAGAGGGUGUCGCGCAUCGCAGUUACGGGCUGAAUGUAGCACGUCUGGCAAACUUACCAGCACCCCUACUUGAGAUAGCCAAGCAAAAGAGUGCCGAACUAGAACAGAACAUCCGCCGUCGGAGACUUGCUGGACUUGUGAGGACGGUGGGAGAUAUUUUGGCAGAUCCUGCAAAAGCAGAUGAAAGCUUGAUCGAACGACUCAUCAGUAGCGCAGAGCAGCUGUAGCUGGACACAAUUGACUAAAACCUACCGUGUUUAUGCAGCAA